UUUCUUCUUCGAUUAUGGUUAAUGCAAUCACAGUUUCACCUCAUCUGUGGUGUCGAUUUGAGAAAUUAGGUUUUCUGAUUGCAUUUUAUUUUAGACCUAAAGGAUUUUUUUUUUCUUCAUGAAACUGGAUUGUGCCAUUUUGCAACUGAGUUUGGAAUUGGAAUUGGAUUCAGAACAUUGACAUUUUUGUCCCACUUGUUCGGUUUCUCGUUGCUUCAAUUCCGAUUCGGAUCACUGUUCAUGCUUGUGGUUAAAGUGGAGCAAAUGAUUCUUCUAGAGUGUUUCGUAGUGGGGAAUUUCUGGGAUUACUUAACUGGGUUCUAUAAUUUGGUGGAGAUGCUUUCUGCUUGCUCACUAGGAAAAACAUUGGACUUGAGUUUCCAUUUUUGUUUCUUAAUCCAUUACAAGUGAUUUAAAAACUUUGAUUUGUUUGCUUACGUUAGGGACUUUGGCCAAGAUUCUGAUUCUUUGUGUUACUAUACUCUGCAUUGGUUUGUAUUUGUGUCCGUUCAGAUUGUUCUUUGGAAUAAACCUUUUUUUUUCUUUUUUUUUUUUAUCAUGUUCUCUUGGUGCUGGAUAGUUUAUUUAUAUCCUCUUUGCUCUUUGUCGUUUCUUCUUCAUAUUGUCUAUCUUUCUUUUGUUUGGUGCUUCUCUUUCCUUUUUCCAUUCUUUGUACAUUAGGUUUCGGUUAGCUGCGUCUGUGUGGGGAUUCCUUUUACUUAUAUGAGCUAUUGAAUGAUUCUGUUGCCAGAACCUUCCCCUACUACUGGUUCUUUGUUCAAGCCUCGACCAGUGCACAUUUCUGCUAGCUCAAGUUCUUAUACAGGCAGGGCGUUCCAUCAGAACACCUUUACUGAGCAGAAGUCCAGUGAAUUUGAGUUCAGACCUCCUGCAUCCAAUAUGGUUUAUGCAGAGCUUGGCAAUCAUAGAAGUGAGCCACCGGUACAAUUUCAAGGCCAGGGCCAUGGAUCCUCACACUCACCUUCUUCACUCAGUGAUGCUGCAGGUUCCUCAAGUGAGCUAAGCCGGCCAACUCCUCCUCGUCAGAUGACACCAACGAGCUCAGAUAUUCCGGCUGGAUCUGAUCAAGAGGAAUCAAUCCAGACUUCCCAAAAUGACCCCAGAGGAAGCACACCAUCCAUCUUGGCUGAUGACGGUUAUAACUGGAGAAAAUAUGGUCAAAAACAUGUCAAAGGGAGUGAAUUUCCCCGGAGCUAUUAUAAAUGUACACAUCCUAAUUGUGAAGUGAAAAAGUUAUUUGAAAGAUCUCAUGAUGGGCAGAUCACCGAUAUUAUAUACAAGGGUACACAUGACCAUCCUAAACCUCAACCUGGUCGCCGAAACUCUGGUGGUCUUGGUAUGGCUGCACAAGAAGAAAGGCUAGACAAGUAUCCUUCUUCAACUGGCCGAGAUGAGAAGGGAUCUGGCGCCUACAACUUGUCUCACCCCAAUGAGCAAACUGGUAACCCUGAAAUACCUCCUGUCUCAGCAUCUGAGGAUGGUGGAGAAGCUGCAGCGUCAAAUAGGAAUAAAGAUGAGCCGGACGAUGAUGAUCCAUUCUCAAAACGGAGGAGGAUGGAUGGUGCGAUGGAAAUAACUCCACUUGUGAAACCCAUCCGAGAGCCUCGGGUUGUUGUUCAAACUCUGAGUGAGGUUGACAUACUGGAUGAUGGUUAUAGAUGGCGUAAAUAUGGGCAGAAAGUCGUAAGGGGGAACCCAAAUCCCAGGAGCUAUUACAAAUGCACAGCUCCUAAUUGCCAAGUGAGAAAACACGUGGAGAGGGCAUCACAUGACCCAAAAGCUGUUAUAACAACAUACGAAGGCAAACACGAUCACGAUGUUCCCACUUCAAAGUCUAGCAGCAAUCACGACAUCCAGCCUCGGUUCAGACCAGAUGAAACAGACACCAUCAGCCUCAAUCUUGGUGUUGGAAUCUCAUCUGAUGGACCUAACCACGCUUCCAACGAGCAUCAGCAUCAGAAUCAACAACUCGUCAACCAAACUCACCCAAAUGGAGUCAAUUUCAGGUUUGUUCAUGCUAGUCCCAUGUCAUCCUACUAUGCUAGCUUAAAUAGCGGUAUGAAUCAGUACAGCCAGAGAGAAACAAAGAACGAGACUCAGAAUGGCGACAUCUCGUCCUUGAACAAUUCAUCUUACCCAUAUCCGCCCAACAUAGGGAGAAUACAAUCGGGUCCUUAAAAGAAAAAGUAAGCAACAGUAUGGUAUUCUUCUUAGGUUAGGAAUGGGACGAGACCUUGUUCUAUAUAAUUCCUAUUUCUUCACAGAGAGCUGAUCGUGAUAUAAACUAUUUCCACCAUAUAUAUUUGUUUGUUUCACCUGUAUUGAGUUCCAAAUAUGUUUUGUAAAAAUACCCAACAAGAUGUUAAUGCUUUUAUUUAAACAAGAAUCAGCAAUAUUGCUACAAA